CCAGCAGUUUCUAUACCCAAAAACUGCAAAGUUCCAGCACACACUCCCUCUUCUCUCAGCGCGAGGCCAUACGCGCAGCAACGUCUUUCAUCCUGAAAGAGACGCUCAAGCCGCCGAGUGAUCUCGGGAGUGGGAGUAUGCUAAAUAAACAAUGGACUGAAGAGAUGGAGCUGAGGACUAGAAAGCUGGCUCGGAUGGAGAAGGGGUGGAACAAGCGAACCGGGAUGGAAACCAGUAGUGGUGAGGAGAGAGAAAACGCGACAUUUUGUGAAGCGUUAAGAGAUGGCUACGUCCUUUGCCAGUUAAUGAACAAGUGGCGGCCGAACAUUAUCUCCCGCAUUGACCAUCGGGAGGAUGGAGUUACAAAGUCCUCGAAUAUAGUGCGCUUCAUUGUCGCCGCUGCCGAGUUCGGCAUCCCAAACGACACCCUCUGCACUCGCGAUGAUUUCGUGAAAUGCACAAUGGAAUCAAUGGGCCGCGUCGCCAACACUAUAAUUGCUCUGUCAAGUUUUGUUGACACGUUGCAGUUCGCAACAAAAGCCAUACAGAGAAGUCACACCCAUGACAACCGGAGCGACAAGCCAUUCAUCGUCCGACAGCCUAAAGUCCCUCUGCCCCGUCCACCUUCGCCUCCACCCCGCUCGAGUUUGCGACCUGCACCCGCCGUGUCCCGUGCAUCUAUUACCAGCACCUCGGGCGCGACGGACACGACGAGCAUGUACGAUGGGUUUUCCAAAGCUGGCAGUAUCCGAACGAACAUCACAGAGGCAACAUCUAUGGUGCCAUCUUCCGGACACCCAUCAUUAUCAAGGUCUGAGGCCAAGGCAGCCGCAACGGAAUUGACGGUCAAGCCGUUCAGCGUCAGGAUCCCCGAGCUCGAUGAUGUAUUCCUGGAUGCGAUAUCUUCGAAGGGCGGCAAUGCUAAUAAGCCCGGAAACGGGUGGAAGAAACCAGUGGAGGACAGGUCGAUGCAGGUGCCCCUCAAUACAACGAGCCUUAGCAAUGCGAUUGUACAAGGCGUUUCCCCCGCGCCUUCACCUCAUCGUCGAGAGCGCCGGACCUCCGAUCUGAUGCGCGUAACAGAGGAAAAUGAUGAUGAGGGCAAUGCCAAUGGUGGGAACAGCAUAAAUAGCGAUGCGACCGCUGCUCGUAAUGAAAGUCCUUCGCGUUCUUCCGCUGUAGCAGUAGUCAAAUGGCCGGACGGCUUCGUUCAUGCUUUUUCACCAUCCGCGAAGUAUGAGUACCUGGUGGCGAGUCCGACGGGCGCACCCGAGGAAGGUGAAGACGUGUAUAUUGAUUUCGCGGAGACACCCAGGAGGAAUUUCACCGUCCGAAAUGGAAGCACGAGUCCUUCAACAUCGUCCCGCCCCACUGAUCUCUCUGACAAACGUGAAGUAUUUAGCCCCACACCGCGCCGCCCAAGAACCGGACAGCGUAUUUCCUACAGCCCUGUUCCCAGUCCAUCCAAGUUUGACUCAAAUCGAUCUGCAUUCGAUAGGGUGUCCGGUGGCCCUCGUCCCAGCUCCAGGGGGCAUCUCGUUCCAAAGGUUGGCCUGGAAGAAAGCCGUUUUUCCUUUGACAACGGAGAUUGCUCUGUUCCGAUCAGCCCAUCCACCUCGUCGCCUGCAGUCCCUAUUCCAUUCCCUCGCCCCAAAUCAAAUACUGACCCGAAUCGCCUGCAAAUAUUCCCCCCCGCCCCUGUUGGAUAUCCUCUGACAUCUAUACCCGGUUCGCGAGACGGCCUCGACGAAGAAUCCAAAGGUGAAAAUUCUGAACCUUCAUCCUCAAGGCCUCUGCGACGGAUAGGGUUGCGCGUGAGAUAUCAAUCAGAUGCAGGCGCUGCAGGUAGCGAACGAGCUACUGGUGUUGGCCUAGGCCGCACACUUUCCAGCAGAGCUAACGAGCUGAACCGGGGCAGGAGAUCUCGCCAUGAGAGUAUGAUGGAUUUUUCCAGCGAUUUCAAGGAAUUUAAGGCAGAUAUGGGCCCCAUUCGAAGGUUACUGAUUGUAAAAGAGACUGGUUCGCCAACCGUGCACUUCCAACUUGGUAAUUGCAUAGGUCGCGGACAGUUCGGCUCCGUAUAUCGGGCUUUGAAUUUAAAUACGGGCCAAACGGUUGCUGUGAAACAGAUUCGACUUGAAGGUCUUUCGGAGGAUGAAGUAAUUCAGCUCAUGAGGGAAGUGGAGCUUCUCAAGAGACUCUCUCAUCCAGCAUAGUCAAGUAUGAAGGCAUGGUGAGGGAUAAAGAACAUCUGAGUAUUGUGUAUGUAGAAAACGGAUCCCUGGGCCAA